AUGGGGAGGGGGAAAGUGGUAAUGAAGAGAAUCGAGAACAAGGCAAACCGGCAAGUUACGUUUUCGAAACGACGGCUGGGUCUGUUCAAGAAAGCUCAGGAGCUCUCUGUGCUCUGUGAUGCCCAAGUUGCCCUUAUCGUCUUCUGCAGCUGCGGCAAGCUCUUCGACUUUGCCAGCACCAACGAUGUAAACGAAAUCCUCAACCGCUACCACCAAUGUUGCUAUUCCUCACAAGACAAUGUUGCUGAGAGUGAAAAACAGAACUUAUAUCAAGAGGUCUCAAGAUUGAAAGUCAGAUAUGAAUCUCUUCAGAGUUGGCAAAGACAUUUUCUUGGAGAAGAUCUUGACAAACUUCGUCUGAAAGAACUGGAACAUCUAGAGAAACAGCUUGACAGAACUCUUUCACAAGCUAGAGAAAGAAAGAUGCAGAUGAUGUUAGAUCAAUUAGAAGCACUACGCAGAAAAAAGAGUGAUCUUGAAGAGAUAAAAAAGCAGCUCGAAUCUGAGCUUGAAGAAAGUGAAAAACAUGAUGACAAUACUGAUGAGGAUGAUGAAGAAGAUGAAGCACUAAUUCUAGGUCGUCCGGGAGGACAGCCAACUGUAGCUGCUGGAGCUUCUCAUGAGAACAUUUCUACUAAAACGCCCUCUGCAAAUGCUAAUCAAGAGCCUACCUUAUGCUUAUGA